GCCUCCAUCACCAGCCAAAUCUCCCCAGAUCCAUGGCCUGCCCCGUCUCCUCCUUCCCCCGCCACUUCCCCGGAAGCUCCCGCUCCCACCUGGCCUCGGCUCCCUCCUGUCGACGCAGCUGCGGGCGCUGACCCGGCCCCCGCCGCUCCCGUCUCUAAGCGGUUCCUCCGCUGACUCAGCGGCGCUCGUGCCCCGGUGACCCCGGCGUGUCAGGGCGCUUCCUCCUCCCCGCCCCCGCGGUACCUUCCCGGCGGACGCUGCCUCGGCCGCCGCUGCAGGAGGGACCGGCCCGGCGCGCGGAGCUCACCAUGAAGCGGGGCUACGAGGUGACCCGCAACCCGCAUCUCAACAAGGGCAUGGCUUUUACUUUGGAAGAGAGACAGCAGUUGAAUAUUCACGGAUUAUUGCCUCCUUGCUUUCUCAGUCAAGAUGUCCAGGUUUUAAGGAUUCUCGUGAAUUUUGAAAGACAAACAUCUGACCUAGACAGAUACAUUCUGUUAAUGGGUCUUCAGGAUCGAAAUGAAAAGCUUUUCUAUAAAGUGCUGACGUCUAACAUUGAAAGGUUCAUGCCUAUUGUUUAUACUCCCACUGUGGGUCUGGCUUGCCAACAAUAUGGUUUGGCAUUUCGGAGGCCAAGAGGUCUUUUUAUCACCAUCCAUGACCGGGGGCACAUUGCUACAAUGCUUAAAUCAUGGCCUGAAGAUGCCAUCAGGGCAAUUGUGGUGACUGAUGGAGAACGUAUUCUUGGCCUUGGAGACCUGGGCUGUUAUGGAAUGGGCAUCCCAGUUGGUAAAUUGGCCCUUUACACCGCAUGUGGAGGAAUGAAACCACAGGAAUGUCUGCCUGUAAUUCUGGAUGUGGGAACUGAUAAUGAGGAGUUGCUAAAAGAUCCCUUAUAUAUUGGACUGAGGCACAAAAGAGUCAGGGGUCAAGCUUAUAAUGACCUUCUUGAUGAAUUCAUGCAAGCUGUGACUUUCAGGUAUGGCAUGAAUUGCCUUAUUCAGUUUGAGGAUUUUGCUAAUGCCAAUGCAUUCCGCCUCCUGAAUAGGUAUCGUAACAAAUACUGCACUUUCAAUGAUGACAUUCAAGGAACAGCGGCUGUGGCUGUUGCAGGUCUUCUAGCAGCUCUGCGCAUCACUGAGAACAAGCUGUCAGAUCAUACUAUACUGUUCCAGGGAGCUGGAGAGGCUGCCCUUGGGAUAGCAAAUCUGGUUAUUAUGGCUAUGCAAAAAGAAGGAACACCUGAACAUGAGGCCAUCAAAAAGAUAUGGAUGGUUGACUCAAAAGGAUUAAUAGUUAAGGAGCGUUCCUCAUUAACAACUGAGAAAGAAAGGUUUGCCCAUAAACAUGAUGAAAUGAAAAAUCUGGAAGAUAUUGUUAGAGCUAUAAAACCAACUGUACUUAUAGGAGUUGCAGCCAUUGGUGGUGCAUUUACAAAACAGAUUCUCAAGGAUAUGGCUUCCUUUAACAAGCAGCCUAUCAUUUUUGCCCUAAGUAACCCAACCAGCAAAGCAGAGUGCUCUGCAGAGCAGUGCUACCAGAUGACUGAGGGGCGUGGCAUUUUUGCAAGUGGAAGCCCCUUUGACCCUGUGACUCUCCCAGGUGGACGCACUUUCUAUCCUGGACAGGGUAACAAUGCAUAUGUGUUUCCUGGAGUUGCUCUUGGUGUUGUUUCAUGUGGACUGAGAUAUAUAAGUGAAGACAUUUUUCUCACUACUGCUGAGGUGAUAGCUCAACAGGUUUCAAAGAAACAUUUAGAAGAAGGUCGUCUAUAUCCUCCAUUAGUCACUAUUCGAGAUGUGUCACUGAAAAUUGCUGUGAAGAUUGCAGAACAAGCCUACAGCAAUAAAACAGCAUCUUUCUAUCCUGAGCCUGAAGACAAGGAAGCAUUCAUCCGCUCACAGGUUUAUAGCACUGAUUAUGACAACUUUGUGGUGGACUCUUAUGUCUGGCCUGAGGAAGCCAUGAAAAUACAGACCGGAAAUCCUUAAUAAAAAAUGAACAAAGGUAGCAGUAGUUGAAAGAAUUCAAAUACUUAUUACUUUUCUACCAAAUCUAAAAAUUAAUAGUUUUUUUUAAAUCUUUAAUAGAAAAUGAACAAGGUAGCAAUAGUUGAGAAUUCAAAUAUUUAGUAGUUCUCGGUCAAAUCUAAAAAUUAUUUUUUUUAAUAUGCUGAAAACUUUUACAGUCAGACUAAUUUUUUCUUUAAAACUUUGUACUUUUAUUUGAUUAACCUGCUAAAAUAACUGUACGAAUAAAAAUCAAUUUGGGCAAUGUACU